AUGACUUCAGAAAAAAUCCUGUUUGUGUUUGACUUUGAUCACACGGUGAUUGAUGAUAAUAGUAACUUGUAUUGUAUACGACUGGCUCCCGGCGGGAAGAUUCCCCAGGAGAUCGAGGAAACUGUUUCCGAUGCGAAUUCGGAGUUUAUUGAUUAUAUUUUAACUGAAACUGGUCUUAGAAAUGCUUUUUACCGAGUGUAUACAAAUCCUGCCAAAUAUGACGCAGAGGGAAGAUUGACUAAAGAGUAUUACCACACCCAGGACUGGUGUGAUCUAAGUAUUGUUAACCUGUGUAAGGGUCAAAUAGUGGUGGAUCAUAAAGAAAAACGGGAGCGGGAAGGGUCGCAGUUCAAGUGUGUCGUACUGGUCGGGGACGGAAAUAACGAGUUUUGUCCUGCGCUCCGACUGUCGGAAAAAGAUGUUGUUUGUCCGAGAAUUAACUACAGGCUCUUGAAGAAGAUCCAAAAGUUAAAGUCUGAAUCAGAGGAAGGAAAUGAUGGACUGAAAAUACAAGCUCAGGUCGUAAACUGGACUUCCGGAUUGGAAAUUCGAGAGUUUUUUAAAACGCUGAAUUGA